UUGCGGGGGCCGAGGCUCGCCGCCGGGCUGCAGCCGAGGGGACCCCGCUGGUGGCUGAUGUCCGAGCCGCGCCGCCGCCCUCGCUUGGAUGUAUUUGGGAAGGCUUUUGGAUUGUUGUCUGAGUGUUGGGGCACAGCCUGCUGGAGACACUGGAAGUGGACUGGUUCCUGGUCAUGCCCGGUGGAAGGAGGGGACCCAGCCGGCAGCAGCUAAGCCGUUCAGCUUUGCCUUCACUCCAGACUCUGGUUGGCGGGAGCUGUGGAAACGGUGCUGGUUUGAGAAACAGGAAUGGUAGUGCCAUCAGCCUCUCGGCGCCUCCGAUCACAGCACUGAUUACUCCAGAGCCUGUGCGUCACUGCCGGAUCCCUGAACUGCCAUUAGAUGGGAGCCUUCUCUUUGAAUUCCUGUUCUUCAUGUACCUUCUGGUAGCCCUCUUCAUUCAGUACAUCAACAUCUACAAGACUGUCUGGUGGUACCCAUACAAUCACCCUGCUUCCUGCACCUCACUGAAUUUUCACCUCAUUGACUACCACCUGGCGGCGUUCAUCACAGUGAUGCUGGCACGGAGGCUGGUGUGGGCCAUUAUCUCUGAGGCCUCUCAGGUGGGUGCAACAUCACUGAUUUGCUACAUGGUGCGCCUGGUGCUGCUCACCCUCUGUGGAUGGGUGCUCUGCUGGACUCUGGUCAACCUCUUCCGCAGCCAUUCUGUUCUCAACCUUCUCUUCCUGGGCUACCCGUUUGGUGUCUAUGUCCCUCUGUGCUGCUUCCACCAGGACAGCAGAGCACAGCCUCUAUCUUCAGACUGUGGUUACUUGGUACAGGACCAGGUGGCAGAUGAUGGGGCUUCAGCUGUCAGCAGCCUGGUCAAAGACUUCUUCUCGCUUCUGUGGGAAUCUCUGAGAGAGCAGUUCAAUAAUCCUACAUCUAUCCCCACCCACAGCUGCCCCCUUUCCCCAGAUCUCAUCCGCAAUGAGGUGGAGUGCCUAAAAGCAGACUUCAACCGCAGGAUCAAGGAAGUUCUCUUCAACUCUCUCUUCAGUGCCUACUACGUGGCAUUCCUGCCACUGUGCUUUGUGAAGAGCACCCAGUACUAUGACAUGCGCUGGUCCUGUGAGCACCUCAUCAUGGUGUGGAUCAAUGCCUUUGUCAUGCUCACCACACAGCUGCUGCCUCCCAAGUACUGUGACCUGCUCCACAGGUCUGCUGCCCACCUCGGCAAGUGGCAGAAACUAGAACAUGGCUCCUACAGCAAUGCUCCACAGCACAUCUGGUCAGAAAACACAAUAUGGCCACAGGGAGUUCUGGUGCGACGGAGCCGGUGCCUGUAUAAAGCAGUUGGGCCUUACAACGUAGCAGUGCCUUCAGACGUGUCCCAUGCCCGCUUUUAUUUCCUCUUUCACCGUCCCUUACGGCUGCUCAACCUGCUGAUUCUCAUCGAAGGCAGUGUGGUCUGCUACCAGCUCUACUCCCUGCUGCGCUCAGAGAAGUGGAACCAUACUCUGUCCAUGGCCCUCAUCCUUUUCUGCAAUUAUUAUGUCUUAUUUAAGCUCCUCCGGGACCGGAUAGUAUUAGGCAGGGCAUACUCCUACCCACUUAACAACUAUGGACUCAAGGCACACUAAGCCAGCCACUCUUCUCUUCCUCAUCCCACAGGGUAGGGAGGGAACCUCAGAAAAAAAUAUUUUCGUACAGUUCUAUUUUUUUCUUGCAAUGUUUAUAAAUAUUUAAAAUAUUUUA